CGUACAUUAUUCCUAGUCUGAUCUAUCAUCAAAACUUGAGCCGUUCAGUUUUUUGCUGCUCAGGUAGUAGCGAAACCUCUUUCUCCCGAGUCUUACAUAGUGUAAGAUUGCAACGCUUUUUCCAUCUCUCCUCGUCUCCAUUGUUUCCAACCGGAAGCAUAACACACUUUAUCACAAAAGCCACCACCGCCACAACAGCAAAAUGAAGAUCUCACUUGCAGUAGUUGCCUUCCUCAGCAGCUUCGCAAAUGCAAUGCCCCAGCCCCGGGGCUUCAAUGCCAGAAACACGAACAUCAAACUCCAGGCAAGAGUUAUCUCAAGCAAGCCCGGCGGCGAUGGUGGCGGUUAUACUCUCGUUGAACGUCAGGCCAACGAAGAUCAAGGCAAUCGCCCAGUCAAUAAGAACCAGCGUUCCAAGGCAGCGGGAGGCAAUGGCGGUUCAAACCUUAUCCAACAACUCCAAGAAACAUUUGACAGGAACAAUCCCAACGGGACCCCUGCGGCUCCUGGAGACCCCGAUGACCUCAACGGCGACGGUGUUAUCAAUGUUUUCGAAGCUGGGGCUCAGGCAUCCUAGAGACACUGUUAGCUUUAAAAAUGAUCAUGGAACCGAGAUCAGCAGUCAUUUAGCUUUUCUGCAUUUCACCCUUGGUGGUUUCCAUCUCAUCGGGCUAUUGCGGCAAAAGGUAGUUUAGCAACAGCAUUUAUUUCUUUAUUGGGUCACUACCAGUCCUUCAGCUUCAAUUUGACAUGGCAGUGACGUUUGCCACUCUGUGGCAACGCAGCUUAGAUGCAGUAGGACCAGUGGUCGUCCUGCGGUAUGAUUUGUGAGGCUUGGUGUUAGAAUUGCAGAAUAGGGACGGUCAGAUGGAAGGAUAGGGACAUUGAGUUGAUCGCUUGCGCUCGAUAGAAUAUAACUAUGACGAGCAUCUAAUUAAGGUCACGUGGUGAUGUCGGAUUCUUGGCAUUGACAAUCCGGUUUCCAUGGAAUGUAGGCCGAGACGUAGCAGGAGGCGCAGCGGGAAGCUUGGCAAGCGCAGUUGUGAAUC